CCCCCACCCGCCUUCCCUAUCUAGGGGCUCCUACAGCUGAAGGAGCAGAGUCGCGUCGAGCGCCGCUCUGCCUUCCUCCGCGCUUCGGAGGGGAAGCUUUCCGUCGCAACAGCUGCAAGGGAUUCACUUGGACCAGAGGGCAGGAAGAGGUGCGCGGCCCCGAUUUGGAGCCAGAAGGCAGAGAGAGAGAGAGAGAGUGAAGCACAGACUCGGACCUUAUUCCACUUUAUCUUAAACCACCCUGAAUCAAUCAAGAUGGCGUCUUCUUUUGCUUGAAGGAGAUUUCUUGCCAGGCAGACAGUGACAGCGGUUGCACCAUGGACCAGGAUAACAAGUUUCCCAACACCACAGUCUUCUGGUUCCCCUCAACCUCUCAGUUGGACAGUUUCUCCCCAGAGACUCCAGCUACUAAUGUUUCCAUCAACAACACAAGCCACCAUUAUGACUUGACUAGCAAUGCCAUCCUCACCUUUAUCUACUUUGUGGUGUGCAUUGUGGGCCUCUGUGGAAAUACUCUAGUCAUCUAUGUCAUCCUUCGCUAUGCCAAGAUGAAGACAAUCACCAAUAUCUACAUCCUUAAUUUGGCUAUAGCUGAUGAACUGUUUAUGUUGGGCUUGCCUUUCCUGGCUAUGCAGGUGGCUCUGGUUCACUGGCCCUUUGGGAAAGUCAUCUGCCGGAUUGUCAUGACAGUGGAUGGAAUCAAUCAAUUCACUAGCAUCUUUUGCCUAACAGUCAUGAGUGUGGAUAGGUAUCUUGCUGUAGUACACCCCAUAAAAUCUGCUAAAUGGAGGCGCCCAAGAACAGCAAAAAUGGUCAAUGUAGCUGUCUGGGGCAUCUCUCUUCUGGUCAUAUUACCCAUCAUGAUAUAUGCUGGAGUGAUCAAUAAUCAUGGAAACAGUAGUUGUACCAUGAUCUGGCCAGAUGAUUCUGGUGUUUGGUAUGCUGCCUUCAUCAUUUAUGCCUUUAUUCUUGGCUUCCUGAUACCCCUAACCAUCAUUUGCCUUUGUUAUCUUUUCAUCAUCAUCAAGGUGAAAUCAUCUGGUAUUAGGGUAGGUUCCUCCAAGAGGAAAAAGUCAGAGAAAAAGGUCACCAGGAUGGUCUCCAUUGUUGUUGCUGUUUUCAUCUUUUGCUGGCUGCCCUUCUACAUCUUUAAUGUCUCAUCGGUCUCUGUGUUUAUUGUCCCAACGCCUAUCCUCAAGGGCAUGUUUGAUUUUGUGGUAGUCCUCACAUAUGCAAAUAGCUGUGCCAAUCCUAUCCUUUAUGCCUUUCUAUCUGACAACUUCAAGAAGAGCUUCCAGAAUGUCCUCUGCCUGAUGAAAGUUGGUGGCAUAGAUGAAACUGAUAGGAGUGACAGCAAGCAGGACAAGGCCAGGCUCAAUGAAGCUACAGAAACCCAGAGAACAUUGCUCAAUGGAGACCUUCAGACAAGUAUCUGAGAAACUCCAGCCGUGGUCAAUACAAUCUCCAUACUUCUUCAUGGAAGGCAGCAGUCCACACUGAAUGACAGCAAAAGCUACUGACUGUUCUCUUAAGAGAGUGGCAAAUGUAUGUGACGAAAAGGGCACAGAAGUACAUCACAGCUCCAGGCUAGCUGGUUAUGAAGAUACUAAUCAAAAGAAGAAGUAUAUUUUGGGGUGAUAGACUAGACACACACAUUGGUGUGUGCACAAUAGUACAUGCAUGUAUAAAGGCAUGAUGUGAUCAAGCAUAGUAAGAAUGUUUAUACUAGAUCCAUCAAAGAAUGUCUAUAUUGGAAUCCAUCAUAUUGCACUGUCUUUAAAAAAAAACCUUUACUGGUAAGAUUUUUUCUAGUAUUGAAUUAUUUCAUUUCCAGGAUUUGAAUUAUAAUUUUAAAAUGAUUGGACAAGCAUUAAAUAAACAAGUUCCAAUUCUGAACAAGUUGUAUGAAGCUGGGAUCAUUGACACCCUCUUCCCAUUCUAAAAGUAGAUGCUCUGAAAGUUUCUGCCCUUUUUUAGUUAACCAAACAUUACAUUUGUGUGUUCAAAUAAAAAAAAAUAGUAGUCAUGAUACUAUUUGCAGGUUGGAAGGAGAUAAUGGGAAAAUUAAAGCUGCAUAAAUAUAUUAUUUAAAAAGUAGCUAAUAAAAUGUGAUCUUCAAAAAAUGAGGAUUGUAUAGCUCGUUGGGCAAUAGAGAGAUGUCUGCAGCUAUAAUCAGAUUGUUUUCCUAUGAAUUCAAAGAAAUAAUUUAUUUUGCCAUAUUGCUAUCCCUUGGUUUCCUUCUUAAUGGUUUUCUCUCAGAAAGCAGGGCAAUUGGAUCUCACCUGCAAAUAUCAGGAGGCCACUAGAUGGCAAGAGAGAGAAAUGAAAACUUCUUACUCUUUACUGCCAUCUAGCCAUCUUCAUUAUUUUUUCAGCACUAUUUUUGGUAGCACCACAAAAAGUUCUUUUGUAAAUAGAGCUGAUAUUACCAAAGUAUGAAAUCAGAUUUUUCGUGUUCUAUAAAUGGAUCCAAAAUCCACACUUGAAUAAUAGUAUUAUAUGGACCACCCACCUCUUGUGAAGCAAGCUUUUAAGGUGUGUAGCAUAUUCAGUCUUACUCCCAACUUUGACAUUUUUAGGUAAAAUCUUAAUAUUUUUAUGUAGGUCUUUGUUCCUGAUGCUAUUUUAACUGAACCCAGACAACUACCCACCAGUGGUGGGUUACGACUGGUACGCCCCAGUACGGGCGUACCUGUGCCUGCCAAGAGCACCGGGUACCAUUCCAGUAUGGGGCUCCGGAGGGCCCACCCGCAUUCCUUACUGGCAUUUGAGCUCUUCGUGGCUUCUGCGCAGGCACAAGGAACGUAUGGCGCCUGCGCAAUGCUCCAGCUGCUUAUGGAGGCAUCACAGAGUGUCGCAGGCGGUAAGUGCACAUGUUCCUGUGGUGGACGCUGGGCCCCGUUGCACCAUACUGGUUGCAACGGGAUCGGGAAACCACUGCUAUCCACAUAUGUGUCAGGUAAGGAAUAGACAUUGUCCUCAGUGUGAUUCAAAUCUUUAUCCCGGGUAAAAACAACCCCCUAGUGGCUUGUGUAUUUAUGGUUUGUGGGAGAGAAUUUACUCCACCUUGAACUCAAGAUUAAUAAUACUUCUUUAAUAACCAUUUCUAUUAUCUAUUUCCUAUCCAUUCUGCUAAGAUCAUAAAAGAUCAUAAACUGCUGAUCAUUUGAUAUCUAGAUAACGGGUAACAUUCAUAUAUGAAACAGCCCUGAUAAAAUGAUGGUGGCAAAUGUCUACUAUCUUACCUGUUGCUAUCUUUUCUUUUAUAUCUUCUUAAGUAUCAUGGCUAAAAAACAAAAAUGUGGCUAAAUUAUUAAAAAAGGAACCAAGGUGUAACAUUGACCCACAUGGAAAAGGAAUCUAUGGGCACUUCCCUAUAUUAGUAGGAAGGAACCUGUGGCUGUCUAGAUUAGUGCUUUUUCAACCUUGGCAACUUUAAGACAUGUGGACUUCAACUUCCAGAAUUCCCAUGCUGGCUGAAGAGUGCUGGGAGUUGAAGUCCACACAUCUUAAAAAUUGCCAUGGUUGACAAACACCGAUCUAGCAAUUCCGUCCAUCCCUUACUCUUGGCCAUCUUGCCUGAGGCUCCUGGGAGUUGUAGCUUGGCAAUAUUAAACAAAGGACCUAUUCUGUACCUACAAGUCCUGGAUACUGAACUUGCCUUAGGUCAGUUGGUGAACCUUUUUGGCACUGAAUGCCGAAAUGGGACCGCGCGCACAUGUGGGGGAGCGGCAAAAACUGGAAGACCAGGUGAUGCACGCUGGAAACAUGCUCAGCUUCCCUGUGCGCCAGGGAGCUGCUUUUUCAGUUUCUAGCUGUCCCGCCCUUGAAGACCAGCUGGCUAGCGUUGAUGUGCACACUGGAACCCAAAAGAGCAACAGACGACAGCUGGCGUGCCCAGAGAGAUGGCUCUGUGUGCCACUUAGGUUCGCCAUAACUGCUUUAGGAGUUCAGUAUGGAAGAUAUCCUCCAAUUCCAAAGUUUCCAGUUCAGAAUCUGAUACUUGGGGCAGGACCUUCAACAGUUACCGCCAAGGCAAAGGAUUAUGCCGGUAUUUGCCGGUUCUCCAAACUACUCAAAAUUUCCACUACCAGUUCUUGCUGGUCAGAACUUGCUGAAUUUCAACCCUGGACUCCACCAGCUUGACAUACGAAGGAAUCAGAAUCUCCUUCAGUAUAGCUUUUGACAGGCUUUAAUGAGGUGCAAGAGAGUCAGACCGACUGCCCCAUGUUUACGCUCAGCUCUUGCACACACACUCACAAAAGUCUGCCAGUUCCUUUGCGGGUGUCUUUCCCUCUGGCAGCUCCUCUCUUCCCUCCAUGUGCCCAAAUGUCAUCAGGGGUUUGCUUUUGACUGGGAGAAAUGGGCUGGUGCACUAAGUGCUCUUUUCUGUGGUGCAAUAAUUACUCGAGGGUUUUGCAUGCCAGAAAUGAAAGCCUUCACUUUAUCGGCCAUCUUCCUCAGCUGGAAGCAGCUGUUUAGAGGGUGCAAAAGCCCACUGUUAAAAUAAGGCAGCUGGGUAGAUGAGUGGCAAAAUGAGAGUGCUGGCUCUUAAAACCCUAGGUCUCUGGGGUUCCCCUGCUACUGUGAUAGCUGCUUGUUGGGCUGUCUGAACCAUUUAUUACAGUAGAGGCCUCCAAUUCUAUUGCCUCCUUCAGUGGCCAGUAAGUACCAGGUUGUUCUCAUCUAUCCCAUAUCCUCCAAAUAUAUUGCCGAUAGAAUAUUUGGCAAAGCAACUAGCUUUUGUAUACCUUGAAAGUACUAUAGGUGGCCAUUGGCUUUGAGGAAAACCUACCUUAAAAUUGGAGUAACUGAGGACAAUUUAAUCCUGUCUCAUUGAAGGAUGGGAUGAAGGUAUCAUUAGAAAAAUGGGUGUUUAGACCUUAGAUAGGAUCAAUCUAACUAGAUAGGAUCAAUCUAACUAUAAAUCAGAUCUUAUUUAUUAAUAAGGAGCAGCAUACAAUAUGGUACAACUUUUCUGGCAACCAGUAAGGAGCAGGACUUUAAUCUGCUAAGAUUCCUGUUCUCCUGAUUGCUACACACUUAUCUUUAGAGUACUGUUAUGUCAGGGCAAAGGAACAGGCCCAUAUGCUAAGUUGCAGCACAGAAGAUUUAUUCAAGCCUAUACACAAGAACCUAG